AUGGCCGAAGGGAUCGACACUUUGCGAUCCCUGUACUCGCGUUCGGGGAGGUCGUUUUCCGACGGCCCUUCUUCAAACACAGCGGGUGAGUCUCGUCAUGCUGCUCGACGAGACCAAGGACAUCAACAAUCAGCUGGGCACGAGGCUCCCAGCUGUCCCACGCCGGCGGAUAGCCACGCCAGCGGACGAGGUAACUCGUCCGGACGACAUUCACAUCGCGGUGGUUCAAAAUUCGCUCCACUAGGAAGCGUUGACGACCGCUUGAGUCCACCAAAGGAUGUGAUGGCGGUGGGAACACCUGAUCCGGCUCGAGGGUCGGAUCAUCUUGAUGUUCAAGAGCUGAACCGUGUAACGGAACAGCUGCAAGAUGACCUGGCUCAUGAACAAUCUCGGUGUUAUGGGCUUGAGGAUCUCGUGAGGAAUAAUUGUAAUUUCCUAACGCACGAUCGUUCGGAAGAUCGUGCCGCUUUUCGUUCGCGCAACUUGAGAACGAACGUUCGACUCGUUCUCUUCGUGAUGAUCUGGCUGCAGCUCAUCGAGACAUCGCUGUUCUGCGUGAACAGGUCGCUUCGCUAG